AUGUAUCUCAGCAGUUUCGGGCUAUUGGCCCUUGGGGCUGCUGCCGUGAAUGCUUUCAGAGAUACUUCGCCAUUCUUCCUCGCCUCAACUUCUGAGGUCUUGACGAAUUCCGCCUACAUCCAGACAGGAACUUCACUCCUCGAGAACCUUUCCUCAUCUCUCAGUACCUGUCCGUCAGAUUACUAUGUCGUCGUCUACCAGCCUGGUGUGCACAGUUCCGACUUCUCGACGCGAAAGUCGGCACCCCGCUUAGGUGCGAAGAUGCUCGGGAAAGACAGCUCGAUCCGGUCCAAGAUGAGCAUCAACGAGGUCGCUGGCCUGGUUCAACCCAAUGAUGUCAAAAGCAUUCUGGAGGAGAAGUGUAAGGCCCAGACUACCGCCGUUGACGCUUCCUCUGGAUCGUACCCCUCAUACUUCGAGAAGGGUCCCCGAAUUAUUGAUGUCGAAUUCCCCAUGCUAUCGUUAGGUUCCGACCGCGCACAGCAGCUUUCUGGAUUUGAUGGUUUCCUUGCCGAUGUCGCCGAUCGAAUUCCUUCCUCGUCUAAGUAUACUAUUCUCUACAUUACCUCACCGAGGGAGUUCCCCGAGACGGAUUCCGUCAUCUACGACAUCUCUGGAGAUUCGUACCAAGACACCCUCCACAUGGAGCUCAAGCGGGACUACUCCGCGCAAGGCAGCGCCUCGAGCCAGUCGGCCAAUUCCACCUCUCUCUUCGAAGAAUAUCAAUACUUCACCCCAGGCAUCUUCAUGGGACUCAUGGCUACCUUCCUGUUCCUCGCAAUUUUGUAUAUUGGCAUCGGUGCUCUAAGCAGCCUCGAGAUUCCCUAUGCCGCAUUUGAGAAGGACACCUCGGCUGCUGUGCAAAAGAAAGCGCAGUGA